AAGCAGCCGCCGUCAUUCAGGACUCAGUCAGUGCCGCGGGACAGACAGCAGGCACAGAGACAGUGGCAGGGGCCUGCCCGCCACAGUACAUGGACACACACAGCCAGGUGUGUCUGCUAGCCUCGGAGCUAGCCGUGUCAUGACGUUUGGAGAGAUUUCUCACACAUCUGUACGCCUUUGCAGCGAGAAGCACCAACACCCUGUUUGCUCCCCUUUAGCCGAAACCAAGUGAGGAGGGUUUUUUUUUUUUUUUUUUUCGUGUCUGGUUGUAUUGUCAUUCUUACCGACAACCAAUUGGACCCAUUCGCGCUUUUUACUGGAUCGCAAUGGCAGAGAGAACCUCAACCGGGUUGCUAACGAUGAUGUUGGAGCCCACGCCGGCUGUCGCUAUGACUCUGCCGGCGGAGGUCCGGGAGAAGCUGGCGGAGCUGGAGCUGGAGCUCUCCGAGGGGGACAUCACUCAGAAGGGCUAUGAGAAGAAAAGAGGCAAGCUGUUGGCACCGUACAUCCCACAGAUACAAGGUGUAGAUCCUUCUUUACAAAUUGACAACAGGAUCCAGGCCUCGUCCCAAGCUGUUCCCCCAGGUUCCAAACACAACAAGUCUCGGGCUGCCAACACCAGGGAUGAACGCUUCAGAUCUGAUCUGCACACAGAAGCCGUCCAAGCAGCUUUGGCAAAGUACAAAGAGAGGAAAAUGCCCAUGCCCUCCAAGAGACGAUCUGUGCUAGUUCAGUCCUCUGUUGAGGCAUGCACCCCACCAGACACCUCCUCAGCGUCGGAAGACGAGGGCUCGCUGCGCCGGCAGGGACGUCUGGCCACCUCCACGCCUUACCAGGGCCACGGCCACGGCCACGGCCACCCAGCCGUUGAGCACUGGUUUAACCGUGUCAUCCAGGGUUCGUCCACCUCAUCCUCCGCGUCAUCCACCUCAUCCCACCCGGGAGGGAGAUCUGUCACCACCACCAACAGCACUGCCCACGCAGCCCUCAACGCCAACGCCGCAGCUUCUGCACUGGCCGACCUUAUGGCACACACCCACCUAGAUAACCACACAGCUCCCCCCGAUGUGACAGGGCUGUCAGAGCGCUCCUUGCUUCAUGCAGAGCGGCCCCAGGUGGCCUCGGUGCGAGGCGUCUCCCGCAGCCACAACCAUCACACCAGCGUCAUGGAGACUGCAGAUGGCUGUGAGUGGAGAGGUGAAGGAUCCCUCAGUUUAAUGGAUGGUGUUCCAGUAAACAGUCGUGUCUCCUCCAAAAUCCAGCAGCUGCUCAACACUCUUAAAAGACCAAAGCGGCCACCGUUGCGAGAGUUCUUUGUUGACGACUUUGAGGAGCUUUUGGAUGUCCAGCAGCCUGAUCCCAACCAGCCAAAGCCAGAAGGCCAGCAAAUGAGUCCCCUGAAAGGAGAGCCUCUCGGGGUGGUCACCAACUGGCCUCCCUCCUUGCCAGCAGCCUUACAACGGUGGGGCACCACACAGCCUAAGAGCCCCUGUCUGACGGCACUUGACAAUGCUGGCAAGCCCGUCUACACACUCACCUACGGAAAACUAUGGACCCGCAGUCAGAAACUGGCCUAUACUCUUCUUAACAAGCUGAGCACCAGAAAUGAGCCUUUGCUUAUGCCUGGAGAUAGAGUUGCACUUGUGUUCCCCAACAAUGACCCAGUGAUGUUCAUGGUGGCCUUCUACGGCUGUCUCCUGGCAGAGUUAGUGCCUGUGCCUAUUGAAGUGCCGCUGACCAGAAAGGAUGCAGGAAGUCAACAGAUUGGCUUUCUGUUGGGCAGCUGUGGAGUCACGUUGGCACUGACCACUGACGCUUGUCAGAAGGGCCUGCCCAAAGCACAAACAGGGGAGGUUGCCACUUUCAAAGGCUGGCCGCGGUUGCUGUGGUUUGUGACAGAUGGAAAACAUGUUGUGAAGCCUCCGAAAGACUGGCAUCCUCCAAUACGGGAAGCCAGUAAUGACAUAGCCUACAUAGAAUAUAAAACCAGCAAGGAGGGAAGCACUAUGGGGAUCACAGUGUCACAUUCAGCCAUGCUGGCUCACUGUCAUGCCCUCACACAAGCCUGCGGCUACACUGAGGCUGAGACCAUCACCAAUGUCCUGGAUUUCAAGAGAGAAGCAGGAUUAUGGCAUGGUGUUCUCACUAGCGUCAUGAAUCGUAUGCACGUGAUCAGCAUCCCUUACUCCCUGAUGAAAGUCAACCCCCUGUCCUGGAUACAGAAGGUUCACACAUACAAAGCGCGGGUAGCAGUGGUGAAGUCGAGGGACAUGCACUGGUCUCUGCUGGCUCAAAGAGACCAGAGAGACAUCAGCUUGAGCUCACUGCGCAUGCUGAUCGUAGCCGAUGGAGCCAACCCAUGGUCGAUAUCCUCCUGCGAUGCCUUCCUCAACGUGUUCCAGGCACGUGGGCUGCGACCUGAGGUGAUCUGUCCAUGUGCCAGCUCUUCAGAAGCCAUGACUGUCGCCAUCCGGAGACCUCCAGAAAUGGGCGUUCCUCCUCCAGGGAAAGCGGUGCUGUCUAUGGGUGGACUGAGCCACAGCGUGAUCCGUGUGGAUACAGAGGAGAAACUCUCUGUCCUCACGGUGCAGGAUGUGGGACAAGUCAUGCCUGGAGCUGUGGUUUGUGUGGUGCGGGUGGAGGGGACACCCUAUCUUUGUCAGACAGACGAGGUUGGAGAAAUCUGUGUGAGCUCAGGUUGCACUGGUGUAGCAUAUUACGGCCUCCCAGGCAUGACCAAGAACAACUUUGAGACCAUCCCAGUAACAUCAUCUGGGCUUCCCAUUAGUGACAGACCCUUCAGCAGGACCUCACUGCUGGGCUUUGUGGGACCAGACAGCCUUGUGUUUGUUGUGGGGAAGAUGGAUGGGCUGAUGGUGGUCAGUGGGCGGAGACACAAUGCUGAUGAUGUGGUUGCCACUGCGUUGGCAGUGGAGCCGAUGAAGUUUGUGUAUAGGGGGAGGAUAGCUGUGUUUUCUGUGUCAGUGCUGCAUGACGAGAGGAUUGUUGUUGUGGCAGAGCAGAGACCAGACGCCUCUGAGGAAGACAGCUUCCAGUGGAUGAGCCGUGUCCUUCAGGCCAUCGACAGCAUCCACCAGGUCGGGGUGUACUGCUUGGCUCUGGUGCCUGCCAACACGCUUCCAAAGGCUCCUCUAGGUGGCAUCCAUAUAUCUGAGACAAAGCAGCGCUUCCUGGAGGGCGCCUUGCACCCCUGCAACGUCCUCAUGUGCCCUCACACAUGUGUCACCAAUCUGCCCAAGCCGAGGCAAAAACAGCCAGAGGUCGGACCUGCUUCUAUGAUAGUGGGCAACCUGGUGGCCGGCAAGAGGAUAGCACAGGCCUGCGGGAGAGAUGUGGCCCAACUAGAGGACAAUGACCAGGCACGUAAGUUCCUAUACAUACAGGAUGUGCUACAGUGGAGAGCUCAGGCCACUCCGGACCAUCCUCUGUUUCUUGUUCUCAAUGCUAAGGGCACGGUAGCUAGUACAGCUUCCUGUCUGCAGCUGCACAAGCGGGCAGAGCGGGUGGCUGCAGCUCUUAUGGGACGCCUCAACACCGGGGACCACGUAGCGCUCGUCUACCCACCAGGAAUCGACCUGAUUGCCACCUUUUACGGCUGCCUGUAUGCUGGCUGUGUCCCAGUUACUGUCAGACCCCCACACCCACAGAACCUGGCCACCACUCUGCCCACCGUCAAGAUGAUUGUUGAGGUCAGUAAGUCGGUGUGCAUCCUGACUACUCAAGCAAUAAUGAAGCUGCUGAAAUCCAAAGAGGCCGCUGCUGCUGUGGACAUCAAGAGCUGGCCCAUGGUGCUGGACACAGAUGACCUCCCCAGGAAGAAGAGUCCCCAGAUGUACAAGCCUCCGACCCCUGAGAUGUUAGCGUACCUGGACUUCAGUGUUUCCACAACAGGCAUCCUAGCAGGAGUAAAAAUGUCUCACGCUGCCACCAGUGCCUUGUGUCGCUCCAUCAAACUGCAGUGUGAGCUCUACCCUUCUCGACAGAUCGCCAUCUGUCUGGACCCCUACUGUGGUCUGGGCUUCGCUCUCUGGUGCCUGUGCAGUGUGUACUCGGGCCAUCAGUCGAUCCUUGUUCCCCCUCUGGAGCUGGAGAGCAAUGCGUCUCUGUGGCUGGCGGCGGUCAGCCAGUACAAAGUUCGCGUCACCUUCUGCUCUUACUCAGUGAUGGAGAUGUGCACCAAGGGCCUGGGUGCACAGACGGAAGCACUGCGGUUGCGAAAUGUGAACCUGUCUUGCGUGCGCACAUGCAUGGUCGUAGCAGAGGAGAGGCCUCGCAUAUCACUAACUCAGUCCUUCUCAAAGAUUUUCAAGGACUUGGGGCUUUCACCACGUGCCGUCAGCACCACCUUCGGCUGCAGGGUGAAUGUGGCGAUCUGUUUGCAGGGCACAGCCGGACCAGACCCCACCACUGUUUACGUGGACAUGAGAGCUUUACGACAUGAUCGAGUUCGUUUGGUAGAGAGGGGGUCACCACACAGCUUGCCACUGAUGGAGUCAGGAAAGAUCCUCCCAGGAGUGAAGGUGAUUAUUGCCAACACAGAGACUAAAGGACCCUUGGGAGACUCCCAUCUAGGAGAGGUCUGGGUCAGCAGUCCUCACAAUGCUACAGGCUACUACACUGUUUAUGGGGAGGAGGCACUGCAUGCUGACCACUUCAACACCAAACUCAGCUUUGGCGAUACCCAGACUGUCUGGGCGAGGACGGGCUACCUGGGCUUCCUGCGGCGUACUGAGCUGACUGAUGCCAGUGGAGAGCGCCAUGACGCCCUCUAUGUGGUGGGCUCUCUUGAUGAGACUCUGGAGCUAAGGGGAAUGAGGUAUCACCCUAUUGACAUUGAAACCUCUGUCAUCCGUUCUCACAAAAGUAUAGCUGAAUGUGCGGUGUUCACUUGGACCAACCUGCUGGUGGUGGUGGUGGAGCUGGAGGGAUCAGAGCAGGAGGCCCUGGACCUGGUGGCUCUUGUCACCAAUGUUGUCCUGGAAGAGCACUACCUCAUUGUAGGUGUGGUGGUGGUGGUCGACCCCGGCGUCAUCCCCAUCAACUCCCGAGGGGAGAAGCAGCGCAUGCACCUGAGAGACGGCUUCUUAGCCGACCAACUGGACCCCAUAUACGUGGCCUACAAUAUGUGAGGACCCAGCUACAGGAGGUUCACCCCUCCAUGUGGCUUAUCACACAGCAGGACAGUAGAUACAGCGCUCGGAGCCAGAGGCAAGAGAGCUAGCUGCCCACUCAAUGAGACGUGAAAACUGCAAAACUUCUCAGCAAAACGGAGAUAAGAUUGACACAAACCUCAUGUCUGUUUCUCCCUGUGAUUUCCUGCCUCAACAAAUAAUGUUUUCAUGGGCGUUUUGGUUGUGUUAAAGUGAGUUUUGUAUGUAUGACGGAAGAUUUGACUCCUCAAAACCAGGACACCCCAUAGCAGUAAGACGGUAGUUAAAAUAUAACACUACACUGUGUAAUUAACAUGAUUUUCUUUGUCAGUCUCCAAAAUUAUGAAUGUUAAUUGUGUUUGCCAGUACCCAAACUCAAACAAGCUCUAACAUGUUUCAUGUUCACAGAGCCUCCUGGGGCAUUAGAGGUCAUAUGCUUUUCAUAAAUCCCACAAACAUUGUCGUCACAUCUGUGGGAAUAACUCGGCUGCACCCUUGAGGUGAACCCUGGUUUUUGUGUUCGAGCUAGUGCUUUAGUUUGUAGUGUCAAUAAGAUAAUUGCUUAUAAACAAUGUUGUGGUUCGACUCAAUCUUGUUCUUUUCUAAAUCUAAAAUGUGUAAUAUACUGUAGUUAUUUUAUCAGAACAAAAUGCAAUAUGAGUGAUGUGAACGAUGUUGCUUUUGAAUGACUGCAGACAGUAAGUGCCGAUCAUUCAAAGUCAUGAGAUGGCGAGGAAUAUAAUCGUUGCUUACCAUAAGCAAUGUGCCAAAUGAUAUGAAUUAAGCCUUAAGUGUUUUCUCAGAUGCCUGUUCCUAUCUUAGCUCCUGUUUAACUUAAUUUUGUCAAGUUUAUCAGCUGUUGGAUAGGGAGGGAAUAUGCAGAAGGAGGUUAGGUCUGGUAAAUCCUGCUCUUAUUGCACCCAAAGUCUUUCAUCUUUUUAGCAAACAUGAAUAUACUUGAUCCUUACAUCAGCCAUUGCAAACACACACUUACUCCAUAAAUGUUUUUUUAACAAUGUCUGUCCCCAUUGUUAAUGGUGUUGAAUGUGUGUUUUAUAAAAGACUGGAAACGAUAGCAGUCGCUCUGGGUUUGAUGCAGAAUGUCAUAGCCUCGUUUCGAGUGCCAUAAGGUUGAAUGAGAGUCGAGAGUUGCAUGUACUGUACGAGGCAAGUGUGUAAUAUGCUCGUAACACCACAACCUCCCAUCUUAUCACAUUGACUUUGUAAAGAUUCACUUCACUGUGUGUUGCUUCUUUUUUCUAUGUGCACAUCCCUUCAGAAACAGGCCACCAGCCUGCUGUAAGUAUGUACAGGUUUUGUGUAAAUUAUUAAUAGAAGGAGAAAAUGGCAGGAAGCAUAACACAAAGACUGAAUCUGGUAAAUAUGUGAACUUCUCCCUCACAGACAAAAAUUUGAAAUGGAUUCUCAUGUGUGGACUUUGGGGAAAAGACAUGAAAAGCCUUGUUAACAUUUUUUAUAGUAUGAAUGAACUGUGGGAACAGGCCAGAGUGAGACAAAGCACACUCCGAGCACAAGGAGAAGACAGUGACUGCUGAGAUGUCACAUCCUCCGGAGCAAACUUUUGUUGUUAACAUAUGGAAAGAUACAUUUGUCUGAUAUACGGUUAGUUGUCAUUAUUUUCAUAACAUGAUUUCUUAAUGAAUAAAAAAGUGC